CGCAUGAUGGAAGUGUUCAUGCAGGAAUUUUCCAUCCCAAAGCAUCAAAUUCGGGAAACCGAGUGCCCGAAUCGGUACGUGCUGCUGGUUCACAAAUCGUGGCUGCGUGCCCUCAGCCAGGGCAAGGUGCCGAAAGAGUUCCCCACCUAUGGCCUGGCCGAUGCACUCGAAUGGCCAACGGAAAACGAAACGGGACCAUGGAGCAGAAUUUAUGCAGCCGUGUAUAAAAAACAAAACUGUAAUGUGAUACCACUGCCGAAAAAUAAGCAUUUGCACGGAACAACUGGAUCCGGCUUGAACGACCUGCUUCUUUCACCACUGGGCAGUCCCGGAGAUGGAGAAGACCCACUGCACUACUCCCAGCUGCUUCAGUACGUUUCGACCAAUAAUCAUAAAAACCUCUGGAAGCAGGCGUAUCGCAAAUACGGCGCAUCCCGCCCCGGUAACAUUCCUGCCAGUACGGCCUCGACCAAUUCCGUCAGCAGUGCAUUCAGCGAACAGCGCGAUUCCAUUAUCAACCACAGUACAAAUGGUACGAAAAAAAUACCAAAUACGAUCGCCAGUGAUAUUGGCGGAACUCACAUAUCAGCAGCGGCGGCGGCGGCAACGGUGACUUCGACAGCCCCGAUCGCCACCGGAACACCGGGAAGUCAAGCACUUCCCCACGAUGUCGUCUUUCGGGAAGUGUUAGCUCGCGCGUUUGGAUGUCCCGUGUUGCAAAACCUUGCCGGAAAAGAGGAACAUCAUACCACUUCCCUACCACCCGGAGCGGAUGGUCAGUUGAGCAAUGCGAACCUAUUCCCGGUACUCGCUACCAUCGAAAGCGGUGGCGCAUUUUACAUUCUGUACGAUCUCUAUCUGGCCAACAAUCUACUUGACUGUGUCACUUACAGUCCGGCAAUCGUUGAACGAUCCUACAAUAAGCCACUCUUCAUUGUCUAUCAGCUCUUGCAGCUGAUGAAAAGCUUUCACGACUGUGGCCUCAAUCUGGGCGAUGUUAGCUUGAAGGAUAUCUACACGACCGAGAAUCUCUGGAUACGGGUGAUGCCGAACCUCGAAGCGAACCUGCUCGAGUACGACGAGGAGUUGAUGCGGCAGAUUGGUGAGCUAAGCAUCACGAAUUCUUGCGUGCCUACAUCGUCGGCAGAACUAAUACGAAUCAGCAUGAGCAAAGAACUCACGAUGAGCUACUCCCUGAAGGAGUAUUGUGAAAUGUGGUGUCAUGGACAGCUGUCAAACUUCGACUACCUUACAAUCCUCAACAAUAUGACGGGGCGGCGUGUCGGGUGUGCCGAGUACCAUCACAUCAUGCCGUGGGUGACCGAUUUUUCAUCCCGUUCCGGACAAGCGUGGCGUGAUUUGAAGAAAUCCAAAUUUAGGCUCAAUAAGGGAGAUGCUCAGCUUGAUCUUACGUUUCAAGCUGCAGGAACACUAGCUGGAUCGGGUGCACAUGAGCAGGGUAGUUUAUCAUCGGCCGCAAUCCCUCAUCACGUGUCGGACGUACUGUCAGAGAUUACAUACUACGUGUACAUGGCAAGACGUACCCCGAAAGCUAUACUCUGUAAACACGUUCGCCCUAUCUGGGUACCGGCAGAAUAUCCGGCCACAAUUCAGCGCCUGUUUGAGUGGACACCCGAUGAAUGCAUUCCAGAGUUCUUUACCGACCCGUCCGUGUUUAAGAGCAUCCACGAAGAUCUGCCCGAUCUGGAAAUUCCUAGCUGGUCUAGCUGUCCGGAAGAUUUUGUGAUGAAGCAUCGUGAGCUGCUGGAAAGUCAGUACGUUUCGGAACGGCUCCACCACUGGAUUGAUCUUACGUUCGGUUACAAACUAACCGGAACGGCAGCAGUACGUUCAAAGAACGUUUGCCUCUCGCUCGUCGAUAAGCAUCAAAACCUUUGCCACCGAGGCGUAGUUCAAUUGUUCGCUUGUCCUCACCCGCUUCGUCAGUUCCCGACAGCGUGGAACGGUAAAACACCUCCUCGGUUGCAACAUCUCCAGCACGAAACCAAUCGUCGACUCACGCGCAGCACCGAAGAUCUCACGCGAUAUCCUCAGCUGAUAAACGACAGUUCGACUACCGGGUCCUCUACCAUACAAAGAGAUCGUUCACCAGCUGCCGUUGUUGUUCCUGGCCCAGCCACCUCCUACAGACAUUCCACGCAGAAUCUCCAGCAGCAAUAUCACGUCCUCAAAUCCUCCGAAUCAAGCUAUCACCUAAACCACUUGCAGCCAAAAUCACACGGAACAAUCGUUCUACCAAAAAGCUACAACCCGAUCGCACAACUAACGGCUGUAGAAAGUUUGGGUACGUUUCGCCGCAAAGUGUUCCACUCGGGUGGUGAAUCGCUUACGAACAAGCAGCCAGACGAAUACGAUCUCUGGUGUUCACGUAUGGACGCGCGACCAAUCGCGCUAGGUGGAAAUGCAUUUGUGAAUAGAAUUUUUAGCGAAACCUACGAAAGAACACUUCGCAAAGAGCGUCCCGGUGGAGUAAUGCCAACGCAAGCGUCUCCCUCGCUACAGCAACAAGCUUCCGUCGCCCGACAGAAUCUCAAGCAACUGUUGCUUCAGCAGCGUAACAAAGAUCUCAAAGUUCUUGGCUGUUUAGUGGUGGAGUUGUUUCUCGCCUCAAAGCUACUCCCUCUGGGCAGCUGUUUACGGCAGGAAUUUGAUGAACGGUUAGAUGCUUGCACGAGACUCGUCACCGAUGAGCCUCGAUCAUUGCCUCCCUGUCUACUUCCGAUCGUACGUCAAUUGCUCGGGCUGGACAACUGUAAUCCGGAACUCUCGGGAGUGACCGAUCGAGGCCUACCACCUCCAACACCUCACCAGUACCUGCAGCCGCUGCUUGCAAACUUACUCAUACCAUUCCCGGCACACUAUCACCGGCUCUACCAGACCGUGCGUGCCCUGCGCGCUUUUGACGAGUGUCUCCAACUGCUUGAACUUCAAACUUUUUUCGAGUGUGAUGGUAAAAGUUGCUCACGCUAUUCCGCGCUCGAUCGAACACGCAUCGAGUAUCGACGAUUAAUUGCCGAGUGUAAGGUAAAUGCUUGCGUUGCACUGGCCGAUCCCCUGCUGCAACCGAGCGGACAUAGGGAACAGUUCUCCGCCGUAGAAUUGCUUCUCCCACAUAUUGUUGAGUUGAUCCUGCACGAUGAUACCUCGAUUCCUGCCGCUUGGAAUUUGUUUGAUGCAAUUGCUACUACCCUUGGCGUUCGUCGGACACAAACAGCUCUGUUACAGCCUAUUCUUGCCCUGUACGACUCCGAUGAGAUGGAUACUGCCGUUGGAUCUUCGCGUCCACAAGGCAAUUCGGGCGCUAAGGAAGGAUCCUCGAUAGGGGGCAAUGGGAUGAGCAUGACGGCACCCGGCGAAGGAGAACCCUCCUCGUACCUGAAGUUUACACCCCGAAACACUUCGUUCAAGUCCAAAAAGUCUGUCAAGCUGUACCAUCACAGCUUUCUGCUGAAGUUGAUCGUGCGGUUUGGAUUGCGCUGCUUCCUGGAACACUUUGUCGUGCCUCUGAUUGAAGCUGUCGGUGGAUAUCGGGAUGGUGAUUUUAACCAAUCGUACCACGUCCACGAACCAGUCUGGCCGUUUGGUGGUGAAUUUCGCAAGUCACGUUCUUACCGGAGUUUUAAGCUUCACAAUGCCAACACCGUUGAAGAUGGUUCAACCGAGGCGGAACCGGCAUCCCUUUCCAACACGCUCGUAUCUCCCAACUGUUCCGAUCGUACCAUCUCACCCACAGUCGCUGGAAGACCCCCUGGCUACAAUCCGCUAGAUGAGGAAGAUCUCCUGACGGCCGAUACACCAGCAAGCAGUGCGAAAAUGCUGCCCGACAACGAGCAGAUGUUUGCGUUCGAUGAAGAUCCACUAGCAAAUCGUCGAUCGACCAUCACACUGGAAGAUGACGAUGCAGUGGAGCAUGCAAUGCGCCACAUCAUAGACGAUGAAGAACUUGACCAAAAGCUAAACCACUCGCAAGCGGAGGAAGCUUUCGAAGAUAUGGUACCAGCUGGUGGCUCACAAAACAGUGAACUGAAAUCGCCCACAAUUCCCAUCCCUCCGACACCUUCGUUCAGGCGAAGUAUCGAGUUCCAUUCCAUUGGGUGUGAAAUUGGUAGCAAAAAGAGCAUCGAUUCUGGGGAGUUCCUUUCAAAAACACCGGAAAUCGGGACGGAAAGAGCAGGUAAAGAUGGAGCAUCAGCAUCCACCGUUGGGAGUGCGACGGCUUCGAAUCGCGAAUCACUCCUAAAUCGCUCCAAAUCUACCGAUUCGAACAAAACACGCUCGAACCGGAUCUCGGAAAUGAGUUCCGAAAGCAUUAUCUGGCUAUCGCACCGAUUGGGACCGGUACUGACUGCACGCUACCUUUCCCGAAACUUGCUAAAAAUGUUGACACUUUGCUACAUCGGUGCGGAAAACCUUUUCCCUUCUGCAGAUGGUAGUCAGUCGAAUCGUUCGUCUCCAACAACAGCCGGUGGCGGUUGUCCGACGGGGUUGAAUCAUUUCUCCAUCACGGAAGGAUGUGUUGUAGGAGACGAAGCAGCUCUACGCGUUAUCGACUGCUUAACCACGAUAUCUGCCCUGUUUGGAGAACACUUUAUUCUGGUACAAUAUUUACCACACAUUAGUGAGGUGAUUGCACUCUGCCGGAAACGGAUAACACCAACCCUGGAGGGUGGACUCAUCAGUGCAUUACAGCUGCUCAAAUGUCUCAUCCCAUACCUUAACGAUUCGACCGUGAUGGAGCAACUUCCUGAGGUGUUUUUGCGUCAAAUUCUACACCCAGCCGUACGAUUGCUGGAAUCAUCCAAAUACACUAUGCCGAGCGGAUUUCUUGCACGAUCCGUGCUCGCACGCAAACUGAUCGAUGCGCUUUACGUCAUUUCCGUGCGAAUCGGGCGUGAAAUGACACGCGAACAUAUCUGCGUACCGGGAUUGCAACGAUUCUUCUUGAUAUUCGAUAAAGCGUACGCUCGGCAGCAGGAACACUUUGCCACGGUCGUUACGGAACCUUCCCAGGGAGAGCCUCCCUUCGGAAGCUUUACACCACCGGGAGUUCUGGGUAGUGGCGGUGACCAUCAGAUGGGCCACCAAGCGCAAGGAAAUGCCCGUGCCAAAGCAAUGGAAGAGAUACGGGACGUGUUUACGCCGAAUCUGGCGUACUUUACCUUCGUGCCCUUCCUGAACUACCUCGGUCAGCAGGACAUGAGUCGGUGCAUAAGCAAUCUGCCGCUUAUUUUAAAUCUUUGUCACGAGCACGAACAGAUGGAUUAUGGCCGGUCAGGUGCGAACGCCACGGGAGAUUCCGGUUCGAACCAGGCUGGAUCAACCGCAACCGAUGAAGAGCAAAUGGAUUCGUUAAACUGCUCCAAUAGCUUCGGGUCCAACAUUAUUGGCAACCGUAUCGAAUCGUCUGCCGGCACACCCGGGUCAGGAAGAAUCGAACACAAGGACCUGCUCGGGUUGGUUACGUACCGGUUGGAUAAUGUUAACAGCUCGCGCAACCUGCGUGGAAACUGGUUAGCAUACUGGGAGCACGAAAUCGGACGGUCGGAAAAGGACACACGGUUCAAUUUGAAGCAAAUCAAACUUCAAACGUACACGGGGCAUACGAACUCGAUCAAAGCGGUACUGGCGCUCGACAACGAGAACAGCUUCAUUUCGGCCUCGAAGGACAAAACGGUCAAGCUGUGGUCGUUGCGUAGUGAGGGCGACGGUUCGAAGGUAUCCUCCUGCCAGUUUACGUACGGGAAUCAUCGCAAAUCGGUACACUCUUUGGCGUUCCUGGAAGCGUUACGGUUGACGAUUUCGUGCGAUUCCGGCGUUCAUCUGUGGGAUCCGUUCGUAGGCGCCCAAAUCGGUCAGCUCGACGUUCCGAAACAUUCCCCAGUGUCCGUGGUAAAGACGUUUCCUUCGCCGAAUUGUUUGGUGCUGGCUGGGACUGCCGACAGCACAGUAAAACUGAUUGACGCCCGAACCUUCAGCUACUGCCACGAGUGGAAGGUAGCGCUGACACCGGCCGGCACCGUCCGUACGAUCGCCGUUGCGCCCAGUGCAAAUUGGGUAGCUGUAGGCCUUACCUCAGGGCACAUCGGCGUGCUGGAUGCAAGGACGGGUGGUGUCAUAUCAUCCUGGCGUACGAACGAUAACGAUCUACUGCAAUUGCUAGCUCCGAACGAUGCGCAGCUAGUAAGUUCUAGCCUCGACCAGAUGAUAGGUGUGUGGAGCCCAAACACAGGCCACCUACAGUUUCACAUGAGAAAUCGUCCCGAACCGGUCCACUGCAUGGUGAACAAUGGUCCGGAAUUGAUCGUCGGCACACCUACCAACCGUAUCGGGGUAUACAGUGCAAUCGAACCGGACUCACCCUACUCGUACACGAAGCUGCGGUCUGAAACGUUCCGUGGCGUGUUGACCAGCUUUGCCCUGCUGCCGCUCAAUCGGAUGAUGCUGGUCGGUGGUGACAACGGUACCAUUACUCUAUUAUGUUAAGAUCUGUGACCGAAAAAUAGCUCCUUAUCAGUAGUGAUAUUAUGACGAACUUGAAUUUUGU